GUGAAAAAAUGUUGUUACAGAAACGACGGCGUUUUUUCGUUGCUUUAAAAGGAAGCCAAAAACGGCAAAAAAGACGCGCCGUUUAGAAUCCCGACGGCGUCUACGCUCCGUAACGACGCCGUUACCUGCUUCCCCGUGAACGGGACUAAUAAGUAAAAGGACCCCACUCAAAACCGGCACACAAACGGGCCAUCCGCUAUAGGCAAGGCCCAAUAAUAAAAUCUCAACCGUUGAAUUAAUCAACGGCUCUAGAUCCUCCAUCUUCCUCCCCCAAAUACCCAAAACCCUUGCUCUGUUUUUUAAUUAACCAGAAAAACCCCAACUUUUUCACAAACUCUCUCCAGAGAUCAAACAACGAGCUUGAGAAAGAUGAGCGAAACAAAAUCCAAGAGAGAUUCUGAUUACGAAGGAUCAAACAUCAAGAGGAUGAGACUCGAUGAUGAUGAUGGUGUUUUACGCUCACCGACGAGAACUCUUUCUUCUUCUUCCUCUUCUUCUCUGGCUUACUCGGUUUCAGAUUCCGGAGGUUUUUGCUCCGUCGCGUUGUCUGAAGAAGAAUACGAUCAUCGAAGCUCAAGCAUCAUCAGCUCUGGUUGUUCUAGCAGCGAAACUAACGAAAUCGCUACUCGUCUUCCAUUUUCAGAUCUGGAGGCUCAUGAAAUCUCCGAAACCGAAAUCUCAACGUUAAUCACCAACAACAAUUUCAGCAAACAGGGAAGUCCAUUAAGCGAGAAUCUGGGAGAAAGAGCUGAAAUGGACUCGGCGACGACGGAGAGGAGAGAUCAGAGAAAGACGGAGAAGAAGAUGGAAAAAUCACCGACACAGGCGGAGCUGGAUGACUUUUUCUCGGCGGCGGAGAGAUUCGAGCAGAAACGAUUCACAGAAAAGUACAACUACGACAUCGUCAAUGAUACGCCGCUUGAAGGUCGGUACCAGUGGGUUAGUCUCAAACCUUAGAAAGAAGAAGAAGAAGAAGAGACAAUGCUAAAGUUACACGUCGUGGUACUGUGAAUUUUGUCACAGACGGAAGGAUUUUUAGAGACGUUAUAAUGUACAGUUUUAUCUAAUUUUAGUUUCCUCUUUAUCAAUUUCUUAGCUUCUUCUGUUCUUCAAAAUUUUAGUAAUUUUUACGGAUUGUUAAUUAGAAGUUCUAACCUUGAGUUUCAUUCUCUUUCUCUCGGUGACAUUGUUGAAUUUUUCAACAAAAGAGUGGGGUUUACAAUUAAAAAUCGGAAUUAUUGUGUCAGUAAAGUUUCACUCUUUUUUGUCAGUUUUGUUGUAGUGAAUUGGUGUCGUUGUGCACAUUAUUAGUAUUUCAUGAAAUUGGGACCUUAUAUA